AUCUCACAUUCGCAAGGUUCAUCAUAGUGAUAAAAAGUCUUCAGCCAAACAACAAAAAGAACAGCAGCUGCAGCAGCAGGCAUCACAGCAGCAUAUUGAUCAAGGAAAUCACCCUGUUAAAUCCAAAGACAUUACAGAAUUCUUGUUGCCCAGUGGAACCCCAGCCCACAUCCUCCCAGAUCAGUUGUUGCCGACUGACUUGGAAUCUGCUAGUCUGAGUGGAUCUGUGACCACAAAAGAUGGUAUUUUUAUCAGCAGUGAUCCUUUAGCAAUACCAGCUCUUAUCCCGAUCAGAGGAACAGGAGAAAAUGGUGUAAACUGUUCUUAUGGUGUAGCCCUCACCACACCAGCAGGGGGACCAGGUGUGACCCCUACAGUUGACCAUGCGACUUAUAUAAUGAUCAACAACCCAGAUGAGGAAGUUGCUCCAAAUGCAGUCCCAAGUACUCAUGGUUUAAACAUCAUGUACACUGCUGAUCCAGCACAGGCUUCAUCACAACAGGUUGGUGAAGUUGAUGGGACUUCCUUGGACCAGAUAGAACACCUCUCCUCAUCAGUAGGUCCUUCUCUGGUAUCCUCAAAUAGCCAGCUACACCAUCGUCUGAACAACCAGGGACAAAUAGAUCAAGGUCAAGAUGCUCAAACUAUAAUAACUGAGGAAAAUGUGUUGGAAGAGGGCCAUAGACAAGAGCUAAAAUUUAGCACAAGCACAGGAGAAUCUGGUUCCGAGAUGAGAGCUGAUGGCACGCACAAUCCCAGCACAGCUCCUUCCCCAAGCGACCCAGGGCCUGGCUUCCACCUAGAACUACUGUCUCAAACUAUUCAGCUCGAGUUACAAAGAAGUCAGACUUCUACUGGCUUUAUAGGUUAAAUACUCAGAAUUAUAUUACCUUCAAAAGACUAGUUCACAUCUUAGGAGUUGUAUGCAUUUUGCGUGUUAGUGAAAGAAUCUAUUAUGUGUACAGUACUGUUUUUAUAAUGUUAUUUUAUACUGGUGUUCAAGAAUACACAGGCAGCAUAUAGGGUUUACAAGCAUGAUUUUUUUCUCUUUUAGUAAAAAAUGUGUACAUACAUUGUACAUCUGGCAUGACAUAAGCACUUUGACUAUAUGAAUGUUUUACUUAUGAAUUCUUACAAAUUACAUAAGUGCUUAUAGUGACCCUUGCAUUUAUGAUAUCUAUAUGUGCAUGGUUGUGGAACUUAUGGCUGCCAGGGUAUGUGAUUGUUUCAACUUCAGAUAUUUUACCAUUCCAGUUUAAAAAUAUAGAGUUCUUAAUUAUUUCAUCUCACACUGCCAGUUCAACUUACUGUAUGUUAUACCAAAAAAUAAAAUAUGUACAGUG